AUGCCGAGAGCUGGCAGCGGCUAUGAGUACAUUCUGGUGGACAUUGAUAAGUUCUCCAAGUGGGUCGAGGUGGAGCCUGUGCGAGCUGUCACAGCGCAGGCGGCCAUUAAGUUCUUCAACGGCAUUGUGUGCCGGUUUGGUGUGCCCAACGACACCAUCACCGACAAUGGCACGCAAUUUACCAAUGCGGUGUUCAAAGCUUACUGCGAGGACAUGGAUACUAAGAUCCAAUUCGCAUCUGUCGCUCACCCAAGGAGCAACAGGCAGGUGGAGCGCGCAAACACAGAAGUGUUGCGGGGGCUCAAGACGAGAACCUUUGAGAAGCUCAAGGGCCGCGGGAGGAACUAG